UGAUAUCAAAUUCCAUUUGCAUUGAUGCAGAGGUAAUCCACAACUGACUGAAUGAACAGUGAUCUAAUGAUGCUGUGUGAUCUAGUGUCAGCUUGUUGAGAACUACUUGCAUGAAGUCAGCUGACAGGCUUGCUGCCUCACCGAGUUAUAUUUAUUAUUUGUUAUAACAACAAAGGAAGAAAGGAAAUAAAGGUGGAGUUAAAACAGAACUAGAAAACCGAAAGCGAUGGGUGGAUUUGUAAGUACUGGUGAAGAUAACGAUGACCUUGUGGAUAACUUGGUGGAGAGCACAUACAUCAGUAAUCCCCUGAUUGAAAAAAUAUUCCGUGCUGUCGACAGGGCCGACUAUUACUUACCAGAGUGCCGUGAUGAUGCUUAUAAGGAUGUCGCGUGGAAAUAUGGCAACCUACACUUGUCGGCUCCUUGCAUCUACUCUGAGGUGAUGGAGUCCUUGAAACUGAAGCCUGGCCUCUCCUUUUUGAACCUUGGCAGUGGCACUGGUUAUCUCAGCACCAUGGCUGGGUUGAUUCUUGGCCCUUAUGGAAUAAAUCAUGGGAUUGAAAUUCACCCAGAUGUAGUGGAAUAUGCCAACGAGAGACUGGAAGAGUUCAAAGCCAAGUCGGAGAUGUUCGAUGAAUUUGAUUUCUGUGAACCAAAGUUUACAGUUGGCAACUGUUUGCAGCUCGGUUCUGGAAUCCGCCUUUAUGACCGCGUCUACUGUGGUGCUGCUUGUCCGGCUGAACAUGAAAACUACAUGAAGAAUUUAAUCAGCAUUGGAGGCAUUCUUGUUAUGCCCCUCAAAGAACAGCUGGUCCAGACCUGUCGAGUCAGUGAAAUUUCAUGGGAGACCAAAAUUGUGCUACCUGUGUCCUUUGCCUCUCUUAUUAUGCCAACUAAAAGCCAGGCUUCAAAUGUCUGUGAAUUACCUGAAGUAACCAUGCCAACUUUACAGGAAGCCGCAAGAUUAACCAUUCGUUGCAUUCUGCGUGACCUGAUACUGGAAAACCACCAAGACAAACAGCCACCCAGCAAGUGCUCACGGAAGACUGGCAUCAAGUUCCAGAUGAUGUUGCAGAACUUCUCCAGUGAAGACGAAGGAGAAGGGGAAGAUGAUGAUGACUAUGAAGACGAGGACGACUACGAGGACGAUGGCGUCGACCAAGAUUCCACCUCGAGUUCAGGUCGGGGUCAGAGUUCUGACCCAGACCAAAACAAAGAUGACAGUGAGAUGCCGUCCAGCGCAAACCCCAGGCGGCGAGUGGGCUCAAAGAUCUCCAAAUCCAGUGAUAAAAUGGAUGUUGAUGAGCCAGGAGAUGGCACAUCGACACCACGUGCCAGGAAACUUGCACGCUACCGUUUCUUCUCACGCAACGGCCCGAAAGAAGGUAUUCUCAUCAGCACAGGGGGCAGCAGAGAAGAGGAAGAGGACAUGCUGUACCAUAUAGAGGGCGCUGGCACCAGAAUUAGUCGCCGUAGUGGCAGACGAGAAGGAGAGAGGAACUCAACAGCGGUGGUGGCAGCAGCAGCAACAGCAGCAACAUCUGGAGGAGGAACAGUUGCAGAAAGGAGUCCCUUGAAACCCCAAGAAGAGCAGCAGCCUGGAGCCUUUGCAUCCUCAUCGCCAUCUUUUAAUCUGAAUGAGCCACAAGAGAUGCUCACGGAAGAGGAAGAGGAGGAGGAGGAUGACUCUGAUUCCGAUGAUGAAGACGAGAACUUUGGCUUCACCAAUGCAAACCUGCUGAAUGGCAAUAUGCCUGUGCAGCAGGAGAAGGAUGAGAAAGAGACAGAGCAACAGGAGGCAGAAGAGGAAGAAAUGGCAUGUACCGAGACCAUAACUAGCACUUCAGCAACGGCUCCUGUGACCACAACUUCCACUGCCGCCAACAACAACACCACCUCUACUACUACCACCACCGCCGCCACCACCAACAUCAUUGUCGGCAAGCAGUGGUGGUCAUCAACUAGUCCGAGCAACGACACAUCUGGCACUGUCGGAGUGACCAGCGACCAGUCAGACAUAGACUGUGGGAUGAAAAACAGUGGAACAGGCAAUAGCGACAACAGUAGCAAUCGUAGGGGUAGCAGGAAAGACAGUAGUAGCGGAAGUAACAAAGAUUCACCGGGCACCGACAGCGGUGCUUGGUCACAGGGUUCCGGCUACAACCUCACCGAGAGCACUGAGCGGGCUCCAAGGGUAUCCAUCACGAAAUACAUGAAGGAGCGAGUAGAGAAGCUACCCCUGCCACCUGCACUCAAGUCUUUUCUCAUGUACUACAGGCUGUGAGCACAAGUUUUGGCUGUGAGUGCAAGCAACCUCCCCAGACCACACUCCACUCUUAUUUCCUCUUUCUCUUCUUUUCCCACCUACUGCCCCUUUUGUUUUUUUUUUCUUAUCCUUCAGGAAACUGUUGGCACUGAAAUGAGAUCUUGUUGUUGUUGUUGUGGUUUCUGGGGGUUGGGGUAAGGGCUUAAACAGACAACACACGGAGACAGAGGACAAAAUAUUGCGACAGUGAUAACACUGGGGUGGGACUGGUGAUGACUACAAGCAGACAAAGCAAUAGGGUGGUGGGAAGGGGUAGUAAUGAUUGACAAUAAGGGACAGAGAUGGAGGGCUGAUGGCAUCAAAUGGAAAUGAUGGCCACAGUGACCGACAAGGAUGGAUUCAGCAGCAACGAUGGACAGGGACGAAACAGGCUAUGCCGAUUGGCACAGUUGACAUAUGUAGGACACAUACCAGUGAUUAUGGCUUAUUGACCUUGGAUGAAUGAGUCAACACGAGGAGGAGGCAUUAGUUGGCGGCGAGCUGGCAGAAAUGUUAGCACGCCGGGCGAAAUGCUUAGCAGUAUUUCGUCUGCCACUACGUUCUGAGUUCAAAUUCUGCCGAGGUCGACUUUGCCUUUCAUCCUUUCGGGGUCGAUUAAAUAAGUACCAGUUACGCACUGGGGUGAUGUAAUCGACUUAAUCCCUUUGUCUGUCCUUGUUUGGCCCCUUGUGGGAAGUAAAGAAAAAGCAAGAGGUGGAAGCAAAUGAUGGUCUUUGUGGUUUUCGGUGGUUGGGUGGGGUGGGUUUGACAUGUCAUCACUGUUGUGGGAAAAUUGUUCUCUUUCUCUCUCUCUCUCUCUCUCUUUCCUCUCUACCCUCUCCUCUCUUUCUCAUUCUCCAAGUGACGCGUCUGACAUACUGUGAUAAGACAGAUCAACAACAACAACAAAAAAUUUAGGGGUUUGUUUUGGGGUUUUUUUUUUUUGACGGGUUGGUGGUGAUGGUGGCAAGGGUUGAAAUUUAUUGUAUAUUAAUAAUUCAGUUAUCAUUAAUUGCUGCGUUGGGUGGGAUGGGUAUGGAAGACACUGGGGAUCUAGGGAUGGGGGGAAGGUAUUGAUAUCAAAGGGGUGAGGAUUUAAAACUAAAAUUGAAAAAGAAAGGACAACUGGGUUGGCAAGGUUUAUGUAUAUAUUUAUAUAUACUUACAUAUGUAUGUAUUUGCACAUAUGUAUGUAUAUACUUGUGUGUGUAUACAAUGGUGAUGUCAUGGUGCAUUUAUGAAUUGGAUACAACGGUUUUAUACAGCAUUAGCAUCAUCUCAAUCAACAACAAAAUCAUAUCAUACCUGUAAUGUGAUGUGACGUAGUGAUUGUGUGUGUGUGUUUGUCUUUGUCUGCACGUGUAUGUGUGUGUGUGCAUAGAAUCUUUGUGAGUGUCAACUACCUGUGGUGUUUCAGGAGAGCAAGGCGGUAUGUAAUAACAUACAACACACACACAACAACAAAAAAAAAAACUU